GCCAAACCCAAUAGAAUUUACAAGUCUUACCCAUAGCCCUAUUUUCAGGAUACAAAAGCGAGUCCUGUCUACCUCAGAGUAGUUCAGAGUCCCUUUUGCAAAGUUCGUGUCACUGCGCACAAGCCAUGCUUUUCUCCUUCUUCGUCGUUAUUACCGUGACCAGUGCUUUGGCAGCAUAUAGUAUCACGAAUGUCACUGGAUGCAAUAAUCGAUAUUCAAUCUGCACAACGGACGGUCAAUGCUGCCUUGGCCUUUUCUGUAAACCACACGUGAGCAUGCUUUGCAUCAAUGCCAUUGCUCACCCCAUUUCAAGCAAAGAACUGGGCCCCUUAAGUUCUAGACCAUGCAAAGCACACGCUUGAUCGAGCAACCCCAUAUCAGACGACCAAGGACCCAAACGGACCCCCGAUUGCAGCCCAUCCGUGUCCCUCGAGAAUACAUUCCCUCGGCCUACCCGUCUCCAUUGUAAGACCGGAUUCACCAUCAUGUCCUGUAUACUAGUACAUUCUGCCAGCCCAUCGUGCAUGGGGUAAGCAAUGGGGUUAAAUCCUGGAUGCAAAGCAAACCACUCAUAGUACUAGAGUACUUACCGCUUGUGCACUACAGCGAAAAUUGCCGCAGCAAUCACUGUC